CCCCGCCCCUGCCCGCCCUGCGCCCUCCGCCCUCCCGCUCGCCGUUAGGGAGGCUCUGCGCCUCAGCCGUUGCCUCUGUUGCCCCUCCCGCCCCUUCUUCCGCGUCUCCGCCGCCGCCAGCACUGCUACCGCCGGGGAGAAUCCGGGGUCGCUACCGGGCUGGCCGCGUGCCACAACCGUCGCUUCAGCCUCCAGUCAGCGGCUGCCUCAGGGAGAGGCUCGCCGUUCGCGGAGCCACCUAGGGCUUCCGUUCUCGCUCUCCUGCCGUCGCCGCGGGUCCUGGAGAAGCGGCCGCGGCCGGGGAACGGGGCUUCGCGGUUCCAACGAUUAACUGCUGAAGUACUGAUCGAGUUCUGCGUUUCUUCAAUGAGGAACUACAGGCUGAUCUUCUGCCAUAAUCUCAAACAACCAUAAAUGACAAAAGAAUGCUUGCUCAGUGAGGGUAGCUGGUGCAGAAGCCAUUUUUUAAACUUAGGUGUUUAAGUACUCAAAGAAAAGACAGCUUUGAUUUCUGGCUGCAAAAAAGAUAUGAGGAAGAGCUCCUCCCCUUCCUUGAGUAACUGCAACUCCGUUCUUGCUAACAAAAUAUUUGGAAUUCCACUUGAUGAGCUGCAGCAGGGAGGACAUCCAGACAAUGAGGUUCCAUUCAUAGUCCGCCACGUUGUGGACUAUAUUGAGGAACAUGGCGGUCUGGAGCAACAAGGGCUUUUUCAAGUCAAUGGAAAUGCUGAGACAGUGGAGUGGCUUCGGCAGAGAUACGACAGCGGAGAAGAGGUGGAUUUGGUUAAGGAAGCAGAUGUUCCUUCAGCUAUUAGUCUCCUUAGGUUUUUCCUUCAAGAACUUCCUGAACCUGUUAUUCCUGGCAGUUUGCAUAUUCACUUCAUGCACCUUUCUCAAGAUUAUAAUAAUGAAGAUGAAUUUGGAAGAAAGUUGAGGUUCCUCUUGCAACAGCUUCCACCUGUUAAUUACAGUUUGUUAAAGUUUCUGUGUAGAUUUUUAGCCAAUGUAGCAUCACAUCAUGAAGAAAUUUGGUCUGCAAAUUCUUUGGCUGCUGUCUUUGGACCAGAUGUCUUCCACAUUUACACAGAAGUGGAAGAUAUGAAAGAACAAGAAAUAGUGAGCAGGAUAAUGGCAGGACUUCUGGAAAAUUACUACGAAUUUUUUGAGAAUGAAGAGGAAGAUUUUUCAUCAAAUGAUUUAAGCUCAAUUACUGAACAGGCAGGUAGCAAUAUUCUCCACAAGCUGGAGUCUCUAGAGCAGGUAUUUCAUGAGGACCUAGAGAAGGGAUUUACAGCAAUCAAAGAAAGAAAAGCUGUUAAUGACCUUUCAGAGGACGAAGAUGAUGAAAAGCUGGAACAUAUAGAAGAACUUCCAGAAGAGGGUGUAGAAAAAUCAAGUGAUAUGCCAGAGGUGGUACAAUUAAGGAUGACUGAAAACAUCCUGGAAUCAAAUAGUGUUAUAGCAUCAACAAGUGCCCAUAUAUCUCCCACCAGCAUCUUACCGGCCUCUGCAGAUGUUUUAGAAAGAACUAUUAGAGUGGCCGUGGAACAGCACCUUUUUGAUCUGCAGAGCAAUAUAGAUCAUGAUGUUAAGAAUUUGCAGCAGCAAAGCCUGGUGUGUAAUAAUGAAGCAAGAAGUAUUAAUUGUGAUGAAGAAAGACCUAAUAAUCAGGUUGAUAUUGCUGAUGGUAUUUUUAAUGCCAGUAGUAGCAAUAAGGAGUGUUCAGAACCUGUGGCUGGUACUAAUUUAGACAAUGAAGUCAUACAGCAAGAUUUUGUGUUUGAGGAUGAAGAAAAUAAUCAGUCUGCAAGUAUACUGUUAGAGCCGUGCAGUGACCACGGUGACGUUGGUGACAGCUGUCUUGGGAGGAAAGAAUAUUUGGUAUUUGACAGUGAUAAAUUGUUGCACUUGGGUCUGGAAUCUAGUAGCAAGAUACGUGACUUGAAUGCCAACACUGGAUCAGAAGUGCCAGGAGGUCAAAGUGUUGGUGUUCAAGGGGAAGCAGCAUGUAUCCAAAUCCCACAUUUAGAUCUGAAGAAUGCUUCUGAUGGUGAUAAAUGGGAAGCGUCAUGCCCUAUCACUUUUCCCCUCAUUGAUUUCAAAACAAUGCAUCUGCAGAGAGAUGGGGAGGAGCCAUUUCCUGCAUUUAAGUCUUGGCAGGAAGACUCUGAGUCUGGAGAAGCUCAGCUGUCUCCACAAGCUGGAAGAAUGAAUCAUCAUCCCCUGGAAGAGGACUGUCCUCCAGUAUUAUCACAUCGCAGUUUAGAUUUUGGGCAAAGCCAGCGUUUCCUACAUGAUCCAGAAACACUGAAUUCCUCAUCUAAAGCACUUUCUUAUGCUAGGAUUCGAAGAUCAUCCUUUAGUACUAAAGAUGAAAAAAGAGAAGACAGAACACCUUAUCAGCUGGUCAAGAAACUUCAGAAAAGAAUUAGACAAUUUGAGGAGCAGUUUGAAAGGGAAAAGAAUAGCAAGCCUUCCUACAGUGAUAUUGCAGCCAACCCAAAGGUGUUAAAAUGGAUGACAGAGCUUACCAAACUGCGGAAGCAAAUCAAAGACGCAAAACCCAAAAGCUCUGAUGGAGAGUUUGUACCUCAGGCCCGUCCACGGAGUAACACUCUUCCAAAAAGUUUUGGCUCUUCUCUAGACCAUGAAGGUGAAGCAAGUGAGGAAGAACCCAGAGCCGUUCAGAAGGAGAAAAAACCAUCUAAAGAAGCAACCCUUGAAUUUAUUCUGAAAAAACUGAAGGAAAAACGUGUUGAGAGAUGUCUUCCAGAAGAUAUCAAGAAAAUGACGAAAGAUCAUUUGAUGGAAGAGAAAACUUCUCUCCAGAAAAGUCUUCUUUAUUAUGAGAGUCAACAUGGAAGGCCGGUGACAAGGGAAGAAAGGCACAUUGUUAAACCUCUCUAUGAUAGAUACAGGCUUGUAAAACAGAUGCUGACAAGAGCUAGCAUCACUCCUAUCCUUGGAUCUCCCUCCACCAAAAGAAGAGGUCAGAUGUUACAGCCAAUCAUAGAAGGAGAAACUGCACAUUUUUUUGAAGAAAUCAAGGAAGAAGAAGAAGAUGGUAUUAGUUUAUCCUCUGAAUUAAAUGAUAUCUUGAAAACAGCUAUACAGGCACAGUCUUCUUUGGAAAACUCAGAAUCUGAUAUUGAAGAAAAUCAGAAACUGGCUCUGGAUCUCCGAUUGUCAAGUACUCGAGCAGCUUCUAUGCCUGAAUUAUUGGAACAACUUUGGAAAGCCAGAGCUGAAAAAAAGAAACUACGUAAAACAUUACGGGAAUUUGAAGAAGCAUUUUAUCAACAAAAUGGAAGGAAUGCCCAAAAAGAGGAUCGUGUUCCAGUGCUUGAGGAAUACAGGGAGUACAAGAAAAUUAAAGCCAAGCUCAGACUUCUUGAAGUUCUUAUCAGCAAACAAGAUUCUUCAAAAUCCAUAUAAAAUACGCUUCUUGAAAAUUCACAUCAUAAAGUCAGUUGUAUUCCUUGACGCUAUCAUCAUGUGUACUUGACUGGUCUUUGAGUUCAUUUUGUCAGGCACUCAUUUUGUACUUGGUUGUGGUGCCACUAAGCAAGUGAGGGGAGGGUACCUAGGCCCUCUCAGGGAGCGUAAGUGAUGAUUUAUAUACACCACAGACUGUCCUCUUCACUGUUAGCAAACAUGCAGUCUCCUUCAUUGUUUUGUACUACCAACACAUUUGAUUAGCAAAAGACUAGAAUUUUAUCCUUUCAACUUCAAGAACUUUGGAAAUACAAAGCUUUUUGUUACUGCUUUUUUUUUUUUUUUUUUUUUUUUUUUUUUUCCAUUACUGAAGAAAAUGGAGAGGAAAAGCUUCACACUGAACUCUUCGGUUGCCUUUUUCUUAUGACUGAAAAUUUUAAAAGCCUAUAGAAGUGCACAUAUGCAGCUGUGUUCUGUUUUCCUAGAAAACCAAAAUGAAACUGAGAUUACAAGUCCUACUGUGGAAUACCUUUCUGUUUAAUUCUCAGAGUGACACUUUCUCACAGGUAGAAUAUUAGCAAAAUUUUGCAAUUCACUGGUCACAAAGCUCUUGGAUGAAGAUAACAUUAGGUAGACCAAAAAGUGACCUUGUUUAGCCUAUUGAAAACAUACCACACAUCACACACAGAACUGAAUCAUACCACAUGCUGCCUAUGGGACUGUUUGUUCCUAAAUUACAAUUUCUCAGCUGAUGAUGUAUUUGUCUGGAUUAGGUUGUGGGCUAUUCCCCCAGUCACCUCCAGAUAAGGUGAGAAAAUAGCCAUGUCAGUAUGUAGGAACUCUGAUGGUGCUCAGAUUUCUGUGUUUAAUUUAAUGGGCCUAAUUGGUAAAGUAAUCAUUAAGCCUAAGUAAAUUGCUGAUAACAAGGGCUAUACCACUGCAUUUUUACAUGAACUUCAGGGGGCUGCGUCUUGUUUUUUUUUCCUCCAGCAAAAUCUGUACAAUGAAUCACCCUCUAAAAGAGACUUUUUGCUUAAUUCUGUUAGAGCAGCCAUUUACAGUAUGUAUAGUGGUAUGUCCCUUGUCAUACAUGCUUAACGUCUUUUGUCCUUUGGCUUUGCUUGGCUUUUCUUCAGGUACUCUUGGUGUCAUUCUGCUAAUCAUUUUUAUGGAAUGGUGACUUCAUUUGUGUUAAAAUACAACAGGCUUAAGCUAAAUGUUCAUUUUUUUUUUUUUUUCCUGGUGCUUUUGGGUUGAUGAGUGCCUCACUUUGUGCCCAUAAUUUGCAUGCAACAACUCAUGCAUGGUUUUCUUAACUAGCUAAGAUUAAAAGUUUAUUUCAUACAACAAUGGAAUUUUGUGACAUUAUUUAAUAAGGUGAGGGAAGCAUGAACCUCAAACUUCUGGCACUAUUACCUAGUAAGCACAUGAAGUAGCUUGAUAAUAAAUAAGUGUUUCUAGUACUUCACAUUUCAUUUGUGUGUGCAAUGCCUUUUUUGGGGAGGGGGAGGCAAUCCAGUGGUAGUAGAUGUGUAAUAGAGGAAUUAAAGAAGCACUAAAUCCA